GAAAGAACCCAUUUACCAUUGGUCAUUCGAGAGAUGGUAUCUAGCUACUGAUCAUUUACUCUUAACUAUAAAAGCCCUUCAAUCAUCUAUAUACAUUCUUGUGUCCUUUGCUCCACUUAGUACCGCGUGGAAAACAAAAGAAAAAUGUCAGCCCAGUUGAAGAAAAUUUCGUCUUCGGUUGAAGUGAAGGCGGAUGGAAAUGUUUUUCAUGAAAUCGGCAGAGAUGGAUUGUACCGCUUGCCUACUAUAUGUCCGAGGUAUGUUGAAGGCGUGGUUUUGCAUGAAGGUGAGUGGGGGAAAGUUGGAUAUGUCAUCAUCGUCACCUAUAAUCUUGAUGGAAGGAAAAUAGUGAUGAAAAACAAAGUUGAGGCCAUUGACGAUGCAAAGAGAUCAAGCAGAUAUAGGGCGAUGGACGGAGAACUUCUGGCAAUGUACAAGACCUUUGCCAUUACUUACCAAGUCGAUACGGAUGGUGAGGGUGGGAAAAGUUUGGUGACGUGGACAAUUGAGUAUGAGAAGAUAAAUGAGAGCAUCCCGGAUCCCAAUGCGAUGAUGGAACUCUGCAUCAAUGCUACAAGGAAUUUUGAGAGCUAUCAGCUCAACAUGAAUUGAUCUGAUCAAGAAGAUUUUGCUUUGCUUUAUGUUGUUGAAGCUCAAGCUACAAUAAUAAUAAUAAUAAUGUUAAAAAAAGUGUGAAUAAAAAGGGCCGUACUGGACUAGUGGUUGUUGGGGAGGCUUGAAUUAAUCCAUGAGAGAGCUUAAGGCAGCUUUUAAGGAAGUGUUGCUUAAUGUAUUCAAGCCCUUCCCUCGUUAUUUAGUUCAGGGCCCAUCACCUAAAACGCCCAAAGAGUGUCAGUUGGUUUGGGCUCGAUCCCGUCCAUUUGUACACUUGUCGUGGGUUUUUAAACUGUAACAAGUAAUUAUAUGUGUGCUGGUUUUGUUUGUUUUGUUUUUUGGUAGGCUCCUUUUUCAUAAUAAUAAAAUUAAUAAAUGUUUCAUCUCAGC